UUCAAUUUCCCGUUUCAAGGCAGAUGGAAGCGCUCGCGGCCCAUGCGCUCUUCGGGUACACGGUGCAUGAUCCGAUGCUCAAGGAGUCGAUCAGCACGGUGCAUGAGCUCCUCGAGUCGGCCAGCCACGAGGUUGACAUCGUCGAGAUCCUCUCGGACGCGCUCGACGACGUCGAGGAGACCAUCAAGGCGGCGCCGUCGUCGCUCAACGAGUACGGCUACCUCCUCGCGAGCGUGGCCAACCUCCGCGACGAGGUCGAGUUUAGCAUCGGCGCCGCCGAGCCCGUCAAGGCCAAGGCCGACAUGGCGACGUAUGAAUUUUCACAGGCCAUACAGUGGCGAACCGACCUCCCGGUAACCGACGGCUACACCGCGCUCUCGACGCUACCUGCGGCGUCGCCGCCCAGCGCGCCGUCCGAAGUCCGCUGCGAUGUGUGUGCGGGCGACGUCUCGUUCGCCGACGACCGGAUCGUCAUCUGCGACGAGUGCGACGUCGCCGUGCACGAGUCGUGCUACGACAUCAAGCGCGUGCCCGACUCGGCGUGGUACUGCCACUUUUGCGCCUCGAACCGGAUUUCGUGCGAGAGCGACCUCGCGGCCUGCGCCGCCUGCAACCACCUCGGCGGCGCGCUCGUCCCGACGCUCAACGGCAAGUGGGUGCACAUGGCGUGCACGCUGUACCUCCCGGAACUCUACUUCAUCCACGACAAGGUCGAGGGCAUCGAGCUUCUCAAGCCGCGGCGCAAGCUCAAGUGCUCUCUGUGCAGGAAGGCCGACAAUGCGGCGUGCGUGCAGUGCUGCGCCGGCAAGUGCCCGACGGCCUACCACGUCAUGUGCGCGCUCCGGUCCGGCGUCACCUUUACGCGCCACGAAGACACGUACGUGAGCUACUGCAAGGUGCACGCCGAGGCCACGCACAGUGGAGGCAACUUGCCUGUCGUCCGCCACGACGCACGACCGUCAACGAAGCGGUCGGGAGCGUUGACAGCACGCCUUCUCGCCCUCCCGCCGUCACCGCCGCUGCAAGCCGCCAAGCCACCGACGUCAACACCCGCCAAGCCGCCGACGCCGUCGAAACCUCCGAUGACAACACCCGUCAAGCCGUCAAAACCUCCAAUGACAACGCCUGCCAAGGCCUCGUCCAAGCUGUUGACGCCAUCCAAGCCCACGCCCGUCAAGCCUUCGACGAUCGAGAUGACGCCGACGAAAGCGCCACGCAGCAUCGCGAUGAAGGCACCGCGCCCCGAGUAUUUUCAAACCAAGCUCACUGCGUCGGUAGCCAAGCCCAAGGCGCGCAAGAACAAGGAGCUCCAGGAGCAGAUCAAGGCCGUGGGCGCUAAUCUCUUUGACUGCCCCGUCUUUGUGCCGAUCGUGCGCUCGAACGGCGAGUACAUCAUGUGUCUCGUGCCGGCGCUGCCGCUCGGCAUCGAGUUUGAUCCGACCGCGCUUCUGCAGCAGAAGAAGUACAUUGUCGAGUACCCGAGCGACCCGAGCCCGCACGGCGUGUUCACCUAUGCGUAUGCCCACGGCUACCUCGCCCCUGGCGACGAGCUCUGCGCGAUCAACUCGAUGCCGCUCGCCAACAUUUCGCCGACGCAUAUGAAGGACGAGAUCCUUCCGCAGUGCAAGCUGCCGAUCCAGUGCUGGUUCAAAAAGAAGGUGCCGCUGCCCACCGAUGGCUCGCGCGCCGUCGAGCCGAGUGGCGUCGACGCACCCACGUCCAACGAAGAGUGGCCGUGGUGCUACCUCCGGUCGGACGGGAAGCUCGCCAUGCCCCGCAUCUGGUCCGUCUUUGAUGAAAUGUACCACGGCACGAGCGUCGACACUUCGGCACUGCUCGAGUCGCUGCGCAGUCCCGAGAGCUUGUAUGUGAUCCCGCCCAUUGGCUUCUCCGACAUCCCGGACGUCGUUUACGCAAAGCGCAAGGAGCUUCGCGCGGCCCAAGCCGCAAUUCCUGUCGCCGCGCUGCCGCCGCUCGACGUGGGCACGAUGGUCAAGGUCGCCAAGCGGACGUGGCCCGGCAUCAACAAGCUCGGCGGCACAGGGCGCGUCAAGGCCCGACGACCUGUCGGCGACGGCUUUACGUACGACGUGGUGUAUGUGCUUGGCGGACGUGAGAACCAGAUUGAGCGACAGUACGUGACGCCCGUGACGAUGGACGACCCAGUCGGCGCGACGCCGUCGGACGCCAACGACGCGACGUACGACGAAGCGUGGACGCUCCAGGCCACGCUCGUCGCCAUGGUCCCCAUGGCCGGGAUGGAGCCAUGUGCAACAUCGUUUCAAGUCACGUUCCGCGUCGAGUGCGAGACGGACGCCAUCGUCGAAACCUCGAAAGCGACCAUGGAAGCACUGCCGGAAGGCGUCUCGCUGCGUCUCAACGCUGUCACCGAUGUGCUGGAAGACGGCGUGCCAGACGAGAUUGGUCCGCAGCUCCAGGCGCUGCACGAGCAACUGCGGACGGUCGAUGCGUCAACGAAAGCAACCUUUGAGAAGCUGUCGUUGCUCCUCGAGAAAGAGAAGAAACGCGCGUACUUUGCGGCCAUGGAAGCGCUCACCAACCGGCAGUACGAAGAGAUGUACGCAAAAAUGAUGGCGCUCCACGAAGAACACUACGGCCCCGUCAACCCGCCGCCGACACCGAAGACGGCCAAGACCGUGGCGCUUGUGCCGUCGUCCGGGCAGGUGCCAGUACCCACACUCGACCUCACAUCUGCCAACGAAGACAAAAACGACGACGAUGACGAGGACGACGUGGACCUGCCGCUCUUUAUCACGGACAAGCAAGAAGAGAGCUCAGCGACGUGCGUCUUGUGCCUGAUUCCCGGCGGCGACCUCGCGGCCACGUCGUGCGGCCAAGUCGCGCACAUCAUGUGCCUCCUGUACACGCCCGAGACGUACUUUGACGAGCACCUCGGGUACGGCAUCGCCAACGUGCCGGCCGAGCGCCAAAGCCUCGUGUGCGUCAUUUGCCGGAAGAAGGUCGGCGUCAACAAGCUCCAGUGCGCGAGCAAAAAAUGCACCAAGUCGUACCACGUGCAGUGCGCGUACGUGCACGGUCUUCUCACCACGUACCCUUCGUUUGCCGGGUGGUGCCCCAAGCACCUCGCCAAGGCCGACCCGCAGACACAAGCGUCCAUCGACUGGCCGCCGCACAUCAAGAAGCAGCUCAUCAAAGAAGGCAAGCUCUUAGAAGACAACGAUGAGAGUCUGCUCCUGCCGCCGCUGCCCGACGCCAGCGCCAUCCCGCCCCACAAACGCACGACGCCACUCAAGCAGCAGCAGCAGAAAAAGCCUGCACGAAAGCGCAAGUCGGACGUGUUGCCGUCGCCCAAGCCGUCGCCGCCCGCAAGCGACAACGAGGCGCCGCCCGCGAGCGACCGUGAAACACCGCCGAGUGUGGCAGUGUUUAGCGUGGGCGACACGGUGCGCGUGACGGAGCGGACGUGGAAGGGCAUCAACAAGCCCGGCGGCGUCGCGCGUAUCAAGAAGAAGCACGCGAUCUCGGCCGAUGCGGUGACGUACGACGUCGAGUACAUUUUGGGCGGCGCCGAGAAGGCGGUGGAAGCCAUGUACAUAGCGCCCCACGUGGCCGAUGUGAGCGGCAAGAAGCGCCGACGCACGAUUAACGCCACGUACGAGUUUGACUAGAGAUCAUAAUCUUAUUCCUAUAUAUAUAUCACGUGUCGAGGAGCUUGAC